GGUUACGAUGGCUUCGAAGGCGCUGGCUGCGCCGGCGGCGUGGAGGACAACCUGUCCAUGCCCCUUGGCGACUUUUUCGCCUUUUUGGAGACCGAUCCCUCGCUGCCAGAGGACGGGGAGGAGGAGGAGGAGUCUGGGGCCAAGCAUGAAUUUUCAGUCUUUCGUCAUGGAAAUCUUCAUCAUUGCUGCUUGGCUAAUCUGAAAGCAACGAAAUGGUCUCAUCUUUGAGAAUAUAAAAGGCCAAGUGUUUCUUCUUGGAAGCUGGUCUUCUUGGAUGAAUCCCAUCUGCAAUCUCAUAGAUUCAAGGAAGACAAUAAAUUAGUUUUCUUAAGCUGCCUUCAUCUCCUUUUUUAGCUUGCCUCUGUUCCUUUGGAACUGUCCGGGGGCUCUUUGUACAGUCUUUUCUUCUUUUUCUUUGUAUGCAUAUAGCAUCAGUUUUCACAUGCUACUGUUUUGAUAGCGGCCACUAUCAAGGUAGUUAGGCCUGCUAUCAAGAACAAGUUAUGGUGUCUAGUUAGUUGGUCAGCAACAGCCUUGUUGGUCAGACUCACAGGUGGUCAAAACGUCAAGGAUUACAAAGAGAUGUGGGCUAUGGUGGUGGGUUUUAGUUGGUUUCUUUCAUUCAAAUAUCGUACCCUGUCUUGGCUAUGUUAUUUGCCGCACAUGGAUGUAUCUGCCUUUACUUUCUCACAGUACAGACUAUAGUGAAAAAAAGGUUGAAUUUUUGUUGCAGCUACUUGUCUGACUCAGCAGCAGUAGCUAUGAUGCUCGAUGAUGACAAUUAUCUUUGUACCUCUGUGGUAUCUGCUUAUAUUUGGAGCUAGGUGACUACACAGAUUAUUCUGAGCUACUUAUAGUUGUUUUGCUUAAAAAGGAAGCUCUGGGUGUGACUGAUGGUUGAACCUCUGGGUGCUUGGUGUGAAUGUCAUGGGAAAUACAAAGCUCUUGUUUGUGGCAGAUAAUGCUACAGUUGGUUUGGUGGAUCCUCGUAUUUCUGGUGUUUUAAGUUUAGCAGGUGGUCUUUACAUAAUUAGCCUGUAUCAUAAAUUGCGUGAUUUUUGUUUGAAACUAUCAACUUGUUGGAUGCUUGAUUCAACUUGAGAUUGUAAUAAUUGUAUUGUUGGAUCCAGCACUCUUGUUUUGCUGUUGAUAUCAGUACAGAAAGGAUCAACAUUAACAAGUGGUUUCUGCAAUUUUUUAUCUAGCAUUUCACAUAUUUCUUUGUCAUUUUUAUCCAAAUUGGUCCAUUGUUUUUAUGGUUUGUUGUCAGUAACCAGCGAAUUGUAUCCAGGGUCAAUCAAGGUUGUUUGGAAAUGCCUGCCAACACCAACGGUUCUGAAAAUGCAUUCCAAAGCAAUGAAGAAAUGCUUGAGAAUGUAGAUUCUUGGUCAAACUACUCGCAUGUGGACUCUUCACAGUGCCAUAUGGAAGUUAACAUGGAACUCAACAAAGGAGAAGGAACGAUUGAUCACUCAGAGGCUAGCCCUUAUGGAUUGUUUAGCAAUGAUCUAUAUGAUCGAUUAAGACCUUACAACAUGGAUAGUCAACAUUUUGCAAUGGAUGCAUCAAACCAUGCUAAUUUUGAAAAAGCUACUGGCCCUCCAUACAAAGAUUUCUCAAAUGGUUCAUACCUUGGAUGGCAAACUAUGUACUCUGACCAAACACAACUCCAAGUAGAGAACAACAUGGAAGGCAUGGGGACACAAAUGAAUACCUAUUUUUCAGGUGAUAUAUCCACCGAGCAAUCAGGUUUGAGUGAAAUUAAACGGGAGGGUACAGAUGCAAUGCUUGGUAAUACUGGUCAGGAUGAUAACCAUUUCACUUCAAUGGACAUGUUUUCUCUUACUCAUACUGAAGCUAUACCUGAUAUUUCUUGCACUGAGUUGAACAUGGGUGAGGCAACUGAAAGCAUUCGCAAUGCCAACGGCAGUUGCCUAACUGUGCAGGAAGAACAUCUACAUGGGGAAUGUGGAGAAUAUCCUCAUCCAGAUUAUGUUUCUGCUGAUAUGGUUGGUGAAAGGCCACUCCAUGAUUUGCCACGUGAUUUUUCACAAAACAAUGAGCAAUAUGAGAUGGAACAGUUCCCACAGAAUAUAUGUGAAAGCGAUUCGAUGCAGAUGGGCUCUCCCGAUCAAUAUUGUGAUGAUACAUCUUUAUCAGAUUUCGACAUGUAUGUAUCCUCGCCAGAGUCGAUUUCCUGUGAGCAGAACCAGUCUGAAGAUAUUUGUUUCAAGAGCGAGUCCAGCACCGACUCGUCUCCAGUACCCUCAAGCAGAAACUCCACCACAGAGGAUGCUGAUAAAUACUUAGGUCACUCAUCAAAACAGUUGCUGGACUUUAUUCCUAUCAGCAACCAACACCAAUUUAAGAACAUGGGAUAUCAAAAACCACCAGUAUUACAUAAACAGUAUGAUUAUAGAAGUGACAACUCUUCUAUUCAGGGCAAUUCAUCAAGAGGUUGCUUCAGUAUGGAUGGCAAUGUGGCUUCUGAUUUAUGUGUUCUUGAGGGUAAUAGGAAUCCUGCUCCUGAUCAUCUAUUGUCACUCCAGGGAAGGCUGCAUCAUAACUUUCCACAAUCUAUGUAUGCUAAUCCCAUUCUUCCUACAUUUGGUGGGAUGGGAUACAAGCCACAUGAUGAAAGAAUGACUCUACGGCUUGCGUUGCAGGAUAUUUCACAGCCAAAGUUUGAGGCUAAUCCACCUGAUGGGGUUUUAACAGUUCCUUUAUUGAGGCAUCAGAAAAUUGCCUUGUCAUGGAUGGUGCAAAAGGAGACAAGUGGUUUGCAUUGCUCUGGAGGAAUUCUUGCGGAUGAUCAGGGCCUGGGUAAAACUGUAUCAGCCAUAUCACUGAUUUUGACUGAACGGCCACCAGUGCCACAAUCAUCUACUAUUAAGAAAGAGCCAUGUGAAGCUGUAACUCUAGACGACGAUGAUGAAGAUGAUAGUGCUGGACCUCAUUUGAAAAAGCCGAUACAGACAUGUAGCCCUGAAGUGACAAGUAACACAGUUAAGAAAGAAAAUCCUAUUGUAGCAGUUAAGACAAGGCCAGCUGCUGGAACUUUGGUUGUUUGCCCCACAAGUGUUCUAAGACAAUGGGCUGGAGAACUGAAGAACAAAGUUACUAGUAAAGCUAAUUUGUCUUUUUUAGUAUAUCAUGGUAACAAUCGUACGAAGGAUCCCAACGGGCUCACCAAAUAUGAUGUUGUGCUAACUACAUAUUCUAUAGUAAGCAUGGAAGUACCAAAACAAUCAAAUCCUGAUAGCGACGAUGAAGAAAAAGGGAAGCCUGACAGAUAUGGUGCUCCUGUUGCCUCUUCAGGCAGCAAAAAGAGGAAGUCAUCCUCUUCUAAGAAAACAAAAAAUGGAAGUGCAGCGGAGAGUAGCUUGCCUGAGAGACCUCUUGCAAAAGUUGCUUGGUUUAGGGUUAUUCUUGAUGAAGCACAAAGUAUUAAAAAUUACCGAACUCAGGUUGCCAGGGCUUGCUGGGGUUUGCGAGCCAAAAGAAGAUGGUGUUUGUCUGGAACACCUAUACAGAAUGCUGUGGAGGACCUCUAUAGCUAUUUUAGAUUUCUCAGAUAUGACCCGUAUGCUGUAUACAAGCAAUUUUGCGCCAUGAUAAAAUUGCCAAUCAGUAGGAACCCAACUAAUGGUUAUAAGAAGCUUCAAGUUGUUUUAAAGACGGUAAUGCUUCGCCGUACUAAAGCAACAAUGCUUGAUGGGGAACCAAUCAUUUCCUUACCACCGAAGACUGUUUCUCUUAAGACAGUGGGCUUCACUGGUGAGGAGCGUGCUUUUUAUAAUACUUUAGAAGCUGAAUCACGAGAACAGUUCAAGGAAUAUGCAGCUGCUGGUACUGUUAGGCAAAAUUAUGUCAACAUACUACUGUUGCUUUUACGGCUCAGACAGGCAUGCGAUCACCCUCACCUAGUAAGAGGCCAUGAGUUUACUUCUAGCUGGAUGUCUUCGCUGGAGAUGGCGAAGAAACUUCCUAUGGAAAGGCAGCAAGAAUUGCUUAAUUGCUUGCAAUCUUGUUCUGCAAUAUGUGCUCUCUGCAAUGAUGCACCAGAAGAUGCUGUUGUCACCAUAUGCAGUCAUGUUUUUUGCAACCAGUGCAUACUGGAGCAACUCACUGGUGAUGACAGCAUAUGCCCAGUGUCUAAUUGCAGAGUUCGACUAAAUACAACCUCGCUAUUCUCGAGAGGCACUCUUGAAUGCUCUCUGAGAGGAUUAACCUGUGAAUUCAAGCCUAACAAUUCGUGUAUGGAAAUGGUACAUGCUGAAAAGCGGCCUGGGAUCGAUUCAUCCUACGCAUCUUCCAAAGUGAGAGCUGCACUAGAUAUUCUUCUCUCAUUGCCCGAAAUAGAUCCCACCCAAAUGAGCGAUAGCAAAAAAUCAAUCGGGCUGACUUCUGAAGACUUCAACGGAAAUAGUUCUUCAGAACAUGUCGACACCAAGAUGACAGAGAAGGCCAUUGUUUUCUCUCAGUGGACUAGAAUGCUGGAUUUGCUAGAGGUUCAUUUGAAAGCUUCUCACCUGACAUAUCGAAGGCUUGAUGGAACAAUGUCUGUUGCUGCACGGGAUAAAGCUGUGAGAGACUUCAAUACGGUUCCAGAGGUUUCUGUUAUGAUCAUGUCACUCAAAGCUGCAAGUCUUGGUUUGAACAUGGUUUCUGCCUGCCACGUACUUAUGCUUGAUCUUUGGUGGAACCCAACUACAGAAGACCAAGCCGUGGAUAGAGCACACCGUAUUGGCCAAACACGGCCUGUCACGGUAUCACGGUUAACUGUAAAAGACACCGUUGAAGAUCGUAUUCUGGCUCUUCAGGAGAAAAAACGGGAGAUGGUUGCUUCUGCAUUUGGGGAAGAUAGAUCUGGUUCCCGCCAGACUCGACUGACCGUGGAAGACCUGAAUUAUCUGUUUAUGGUUUAGCAUGCUCCUGAGAGUGAAGACAGUUUUGCCUAUUGGAUGGUGUAGACAGUGGUAGAUAAAAUAUUUCUGAAAACAAAUAACAAAUAGCAUUUCUUUAGGGGUUAUUAGUGUUUGUAGUAUGUACAGGUUUAGAUCAUCCAAUUCUUUUCACACUGCAAGCAGAGGUACUCAACCAGGUUAAUUAUGCAGUUAUGUGCAGUAGUGUCCGUUGACUGAAUAUCAUGAAGACAACAAUGAAAAUGUCAUUAGCUAACAUGAUAUUUGUACAUAUUUUUCGACACCAUAUCCGAUAUAUGGGCCUUAGUACCUGCGCAGUUUGGUUUUAUGUGACGAACCAUGUAAAAGAUUGAGCUGAGCUUGUCACUUUGACUUGUUACCAAUUAAUUCUAUGUGAUAGUUUAUGGGUGAA